AUGUCUUCCUCGGAACACGACGUCGAUAUCAGCGUGGUCUCCAGUCCUGAACCCAGUCCCAUGGGCUGUGGCCAGGAGGGCCGUGAAUCACCGCUACGCUCCACAUCGCCGGCCCGUUCACCCGGUGCCUCUACACCCAAUUCCAUGCACACCCCCACCUCGGCAGCCGGUACACCUACCUCUUCGCAACACAAUUAUCACCAGCCCCCCGUUCAUCAUCUGCAUCAGAGUAGCCCCACCAGCAGCAGCACCACCACAAUGGCCACUGCCGUACCACCAACAGUCCUACAUCAUCAUUUGCAACAUCAUUUGAAUUCUCUAAAUGCCGGUCAUCAUCAUCCAGUCGCCUUACAUCAUGCCUUGCAUGCCAGUUUUGGCCAUCUCACACAUCCGGCACAUCAACAUUUAUUACAACAUCCUGCCGCAGUGACACCGACGGUUGUUUCGCAUUUUGCCGCAGCGGCGGCUGCUUCUUCAUCGGCCGCUAAUAAUAAUAAUGGUGUUGAUCGUUUAAGUCCAACACCACCCUCACUGGCGGCCCAUGGUGCUCCAAAAUCCCCGGAAUCCACAACAACAGAGGAAUCACAAAAUAACAAUAACAACAAUAGUAAAAUGCUUAAUAACAAUAAUACGGCAAAUGGUGAUAAUAGUGUUGGUAGUGAUCAACCGUCGGCUGGCGGAGCGGCUGCUGCCGCCGCAAAUGGUAAAGUUACAUCGGGUAAUGGUUUUACCAGCUUCUCAAUUUCAUCGAUUCUUAGCCGUAAUGAACCGACGAAAAAGAACGGUUCAAAUUUAAUAACACCCAUACCUCAAUUACCGCCGGCCACUGUCGGUGCCGGUGGACCACAGGAUGCUGCCAUGUUGUCAAG